GAUUCCUAAAAUGGCGGAUGACAUGGAAAUCGAAAACGAAUCUCAACAAAAACCUUCCAAAAUGUUCACUCUGAAGAAGUGGAAUGCUGUGGCUAUGUGGAGCUGGGAUGUAGAAUGUGAUACUUGUGCCAUCUGUAGAGUUCAAGUGAUGGAUGCCUGUUUGCGCUGCCAAGCUGAGAACAAACAAGAAGACUGUGUUGUUGUGUGGGGAGAAUGUAAUCACACAUUUCACAAUUGCUGCAUGUCACUGUGGGUGAAACAGAACAACCGUUGCCCCCUUUGUCAACAGGAAUGGGUACUACAGAAGACUGGAAACUAACAUCAACUAGAGACAUAUUGACUUGGCCUUGGAUAUAAACGCCAACUGGACCCAAAGAAAUAUCAAUUAAGCACAUGUCUGCAUCCUUUAGGCUUUCAUCCAUUUGAAUGGAAAAGACUUUCAGUGUUCUCAAAAAUGACUGUAUAUUUCCCCUGUAUGUAUGUAUGUGUGUAUAGUGUAAGAUAACAAAUUUGUAAUAAAAUAUUCAAAAACGAUUUCUCAUUUUAACUGCUUCCUUGGACUUUACGGUGCAGAUGGAUCCUAUGAUAUGGAACAGCAGGUGAUCGCCCGAGAAUGUUUACCCUUCAUCUCAUAUUAUGGAAUAAAGAAAUAAAUAGAAAGAUGAAUUUCAUAAAGUAAUGUUUAAUUUUAAAUAGAUAUAUAUACCUGUAUAUAAAUAUUAUUCACAUACUAUCAUCUUGAACUCGAGUCUGAGAUCAGUCACCUUUACAUGACUGAUAAGAGUUGGUUUGUUACAAAA